UUAAGGCUUGGAAAUCCAAAAUACCCCCUUAUCUGGAAAACCCCAGGUCCCGAGCAUUCUUGAUUACAGGUCCCAUAUCUGUACAACUGUGAUUCUGUGCAUGUCUCAGGUCACUCUUGACCCUCCUCUCUUGCCAGGCCCUCACAGGGUCUUUACUUUCUAUAGUUACACCACUGGUCCAUUGAACGGAAAAGCUUGAGUUGACAGCACAUUUAUUCCUACGGGGCCUGUACAGACAGGACUGCAGUGAAGCACUGAACACACAUGAAUGUUAAUUUAUUUGUCCCUGUGCUGCAGAAAGCAUGAAAAAGCCACCGCACUGGAACACAACAGGCAAUGCUGGUGUGUAUGUGCCCUAAAGGUUUCCCCUCUGGCGCAGAAGAAAUCCAUAGUGCACUUUACUUGACACCAAUGGCCCAGAGGACUCCUUUCACCUUCUUCCUGUUAUUGGCUGCCAGCCUGUGGCACGGAGACUGUGAUCCUGAUGCAGGGAUGAUAGAGAAGGGCAGGGCACAGCUACAAGUGCUUCAGGACUUUGCUCGCCACCCCCGCUACGGAGACUGUUGGCACCAAGCCCUUCAGAGGGUGGAUGUGGGCUGCAAAAGGCUGAAUGAAGAAGAGCAGAGUCGUAUCGCUCUAGCAUUCACUCACUGCCAUCUAGAGAGGUCAGGUCGUGAUUUCCCAACUUGCACAGAACAAAGCUCUAUCCGGCAGUGCACUCGGGGGAUGGAUUCUGUGGCCUUUAAUGCCUACACAGAGUUUUUCACCCAUGCACACAGCAUCUGUUACUAUCUGCAGAAUGAGAUAUGGCAGGAGCAGGCCCAGGACAUCAUACUGCGACUGACUGUAAACUCUGACAGCGUGGCUCAGCAACUAGAGGCCACAAACCUGAUGGCAGAAGAGAUGAUGCAAGCACAGAAUGCUACUCUCCAGUCACAGGAGGAGAUCCUGCGCAAUGGCAACAUGCUGAAACAGACCCUCCAGGAGUCCACUUUGGGAGUGAAGCAAGCUUUCCAUGAGAUGCGGCAGUCUGCCAAUGAGCAGCGAUUGUUGUUCUCUGAAAUCUUCAACCGCAUCACCUACCUACACCAGUUUGUUGUGGGCGAGUCCAACAUUCUGUAUUCCUUUCUUUACAACCUCAUGGCCAGUGCUGCUGUUUUCCUGCUGACUUCUACACAACGAACUGCUGGUGCCAGGUUGAUUCUGUUUGGCCUGAUUGCAGCCAAUAUAUACACGGAGAGAACUAUCUGCUCAUAUAUCCUGGAAGGCUCUGAUUCCAGCUUUGAACAAACGGAGAGUAUAUCCUUCUGGGUCGGAAUAGUGCGGAAAAUCUCCACUUCGAUUGGCCUCUCGAUCCUCCUCUACUUUUUUUUGACCCAUAGGGAUGUACAGAAGCAGAGCCUGGAGGUGCUGCAAGGGCUGCAGGAAACCAAAGCAGAGCUGCAGAGCAUUCUCCGGGAGGCUGAGAAGCUUCUUAACAAGCCUGAGCUGCAGCAGGACAUCAUCCCCCUGGUGGCAGCAGAUUCGGGGCUUCCUGAUCCGUCAUUUAUCCAAGAGCAUAAAGUGCACAGUUUGUUGCUUGACUCUCUCUACAAUGAGCCACUCGAGGCACAAAUCACAAGCACGCCAAAAAGGAGGAGCCGUUCUCCAUCGCGCAGAGUGAGCCGUGGGAGGACCUCUCGGGCCUCUGAGCCAGCUGUGUACAAUAUUGCUGUUCCUCAGCCAACAGCGCCGCGGUACAACCUGCGCAGUUCAUCCCUGUCCAACUCUGUGGCUGAUCAGUAACUGUUUGAUGCCCUUUCAUCUAGAAGGAAAAAUAUGUUUUGCAUGUUUAACAAUGUGAUUUUAAAUACCCCCAGGUUGAUAAUUUCCUUAUUUAUUCUGGUAGGAGUACUGCCUUUAUUUUGUGUAAUAAAGAUGUAUUUAUAUAUAUA